GGUAUUACAAAAACCUAUUGACAGCAAGCUGUGGGACACUCUUUUCGAAUACUCGUCCCGCGUGCACUCGAUCACUGUAACACAAGAAGGCAUCCCCUCGGAGGUUAUUGAGCCCCUCAGUAUGCUAAUGUUGUCCAGUUCUUCGACACCUGCGUCUUGGUUUCCGAAUCUUCGUAAAUUGACAUGGCAUGCUGAUGGAACACACAUCUUUGCACCGUUUUCGCGCAUGGCUCUGGUACCGUCCAUGCUGGUCUUACACUUGGAGAUUUCUUCAGCCUCCGACUCUACCUUCCUCUCUGUCCUUUCAUCUCUCGGGACCUUGUGUCCUUACCUCCAAAACGUGACCAUGCGCAUUCGACAUCAAAGCGAUGACCUCAAGUUGUUGCAUCAAAUUUCACCCUUCAUCGCAUGGCCUAUUUCUCAGCUCCGUUAUCUUCACACAUUGUCGAUAUGGGAUGUAGGAAGCGAGAUCACGGAGCAUGUCAUGAAGCUACAAGCUAUGCGGUCACUGAGCUUAGAUUUGAAGUCAUCAUCAGCUUGGGACGAAAAUCCACGUUUUCAGUUCCCUGGCUUCGAUGGUUUGAAAUGGUUCAGCCUCUCUACCCAGACAAUUGAGCAUGCCUCGAAUGUUUUCAGCUCUCUUGAAGUCCUCAAAAGCAAACAAGUCAAGGUCGACGUCAUGUCCCAGAUACAUGCAUCCACGGUGAUAUCCAAAUUCCUCGCCAUCCUCAAGGAGAGAUACGGUCACGACAAACUUGAAUACUUCUCUCUCAGCAUGGAGUAUUCGAGGGAUAUACGCAUAGAAUCUGGCGCCUUCACGCCAUUGUACGCAUUUCCCAAUCUAACUCACCUGCUUAUAGAAGGGACCGGUAACAUUUCGAUGUCUGACAAGGCACUGUGCCGGCUGGCGAGAGCCCGGCCUAAGCUCCAGACCCUCAAAAUCGGCAGCUGUGUCAUCUUCGACAGCACUAUCAGAGUACCAACAUUUCAUGGACUAAUUAGUUUGCUUUGGUCCUGUCCCGCUUUGACUUUGCUCGCUCUUGUCAUAGAUACCACCAAGUCGGACGGCAUAGAUCUCAAGUGCCCCGGGGGCGGACGCUGCAAUAAGCGUCUCAAGUUUUUCUCUCUGGGAAAUUCACGCAUCAAACACCCGGUGGACGCGGCUCUCAUCAUUAGCGGCCUCUCCCCCUACUUGAAGCGGGUCGAUCUUGCUUGUUGGGAGAAACCCCCAAUGAAUACGACGGCUCAGAGGAAGUUGGACAUGGGGGCAAUGGGCGACAGUCAAUAUGAUGCUUAGUGGCUUCAGCAUUGCAAGGGAGCGGAGUAUCGAAACAUGGUCUGACUGUUUAUAGGCUAUGCUCGAAGAAUCACCACUUUUGACCAUAUAUACAGUACCUAGCAUGUCUAGGACUGACCUAAUGUUUGGUUUGCCUCUGUCUGUUACGCUUGGCAUUUGUGAGAACGACUUGACCAAAACAAAUGAUCUUAGCAUACACCUAUGUAUGAGUCGUGCGAGUUAAGCAGUAUAUUGCAGGCCCUGGUCUGCAUAGGUCAAGUUAAAGAAUACAAGCAUAAG